AUGGCCUCGCAGGCGGCCGAAUGGUACAGCAAUAGCUCCAGCAAGCUAAUGACGGCUCCUUCGUGGUACAGCUGUGGAGGUGGACCCUCUCCAUAUCAGCCGUCAUCCGUCGGAGGAGCUUGGAGCGGCCAGCCGCCGCCUCAUCAACACAACAACCGGCCGCAUACCGAACUGCCCAAUUUGGCCGCCCUCGGAUCGUCUCUGGGACUGACUGGAGCCACGGCAGGUAGUCCGGCUCCACCUGGCGCCACUCAACUGGGAAUGGGGGCCCUCAAUUUGGGAGCUCUUCCGGGCGGAUCGGCUCUAGUUGCCGCUCUCAGUUCGGCCGCUAUGAGCUCGGCGACUCUCAACACGGCCGCCAAUUGGAGUGGAUUGUUCAACAGCCUGCAGGGACCUCAGGCUCCUCCUCCUCAACAACAGCAGCAACAACAACCGCAGGAUGGAUCCGGAGGUCCUGGUAGUUACCCGACGGCUCAACAGCAUCAACAACAGCAGCAGCAUCAAGCCAUGGUCUCGGUUGGCAUGCCGUUACCGGCUCCUAACAACGGUCCCGGUGGAGGAGCUUCGGGACUACUGGGAUGGGGAGAAAGUCCCGGUCCAGUGACGGUGGCUACACCCAGUGGCGUCCAACAACAGCAGCAACAGCCUCAACAGACAGGCACUCCGCAGUCGCAGCAACAGCAGCAACAACAGCAACAGGCUCCUUGGGGUCAGACUGGCUUGAACAUGUCUUCGGGGCCAAAAACAUUUGAGUUGAGAUAA